AUGGGAGAGCAGGGGGUGGCUUUGGAUUUCUGUAAAAUGCUGAGCGUGAUCUUCUCCCUGCAGCUGGACAGAUCGACCCGUGAGAUUGAGCUGGGCCUGGAGUACGGCAUCCCCACCAUGAACCUCGCUGGCCAGAGCCUCAAGUUUGAAAAUGGCCAGUGGGUGGCAGAAUCGGGAAGCUUCACGGGGGAUCGCAGGGAAAUGCAGCGCUUGCGCAAACGAAACCAGCAGCUAGAGGAAGAAAACAACCUCCUUCGGCUGAAAGUGGAUAUUCUGCUGGACAUGCUCUCCGAGACCACAGCCGAGUCCCACCUGAUGGAGAAGGAGCUGGAGGAACUGAAGAACCACAGCCGGCGGAGGAAGUGA